GAGCCCAACUACAAAGCGCACACAUAAAGGAAGGGACGUGACGUGAGUAACAGAAAGAGAUAUAGACGGCGGCGAGGAGCGGAGGAGCUUCUAUUUCUUCUUCUUAUCUAGUUGUUCUCAUUCAUUAACAAUGGAUAGACGUAGAAGCCUUAGAGUGAAAUCACAUGAUCAUGCUAAAAAGAAUAUGAAUCAAAACUCAAAUAGUUGUAAAGUGAUGUCAAUUUUGUUUCUUCCUGAAGACUUGAAGCUUCGUAUCUUUCAUUUUGUUCCUAUUCAUUGCCUCAUUAACUCUGUAAGAUAUGUUUGCAAAUCUUGGGCUGCUACUAUUGCCAGCUCCACUUUCACUCAAGUGUACGAAUGCCGAGCGCGUUCUAAACCUGGUCUUUACGUUGAAAAUCGCAAGUUAAGAAAUAGAUCUUAUCUUUUGGAAUUUAAAGAUGAUGUGAAUGGCCAAUUUGAAAGGACUGAUUUGGGAACACCUCAAAAAAUGGGACGUGUGAUCGGUACUUGUCAUGGCAUAUUGCUUCUUUUGAGUACAGACAGACGAUAUUUUGUUGUGAACCCGAUCCUCAAGUGUUGGCUUACAGUUCCUUGUUUUCCCAUUUCUCGACCUGGUCUAGUAUUUUGGGGUCAAUGUACUAUAACACAUGUUCUUCGCACUGCCAAAUUCAAGCUUUUUCAUUUGGAUGUCAUUGAUGAUUCGGGUGCUUCUUGGUUUGUUUUCUAUGUGCUAAGAAUUGGAAUUGAUAGCUCAUGGAAAGAGAUAGCUAGAAAAGAAGCAUCCCAAACAUCCCCUCGGUUUUGGUUUUAUUUUUCAUCGAGACCACUUUAUAGCGGAGGCGAUGAUCUUUACUGGUUAACAAACGGGGAAGUGAUUGUGAUGGAUAUUGACAAGGAAAUUAUUGUACGAGAAUAUUCACUUCCCGCUGGAAAGAUGCUUGGUGGUCCGUUAUGGAUGGGAAAUUGCCUUUCCUGCGUUGUGACUAUAGAUUCUACUAGAACACAUCAAAUCUAUAUUUUGGAUUUUGAUUCAGGAGAAUGGUCUCUUUAUCAUGAGAUUGGACCUUUUGAUUAUAUGCCUGCUUUUGGUCAUAGUUACAAUUUUAAUAUUCCAAUCGUGGUAUUUUGUUUGUGGAUCAAUGAUCGGAUUAUCUUUCGAGUAGGUCUGCAUCAAAAUCAGAUAGGAAAUAUGUUUUCAUGCAAACACAUUCAUUUUGGUUACAAUGUGAAGACCAAGCAGUUGACAAAGCUUGAGGACAUUGACGAGGGAAAUUUUGAAGUAUGGCUUCACACUAAUAGUCUAGUUUCUCUGCCAACUACUCCUGCAUAGCUUAGUUUCUUGGUAAAGUAUAUGCAAUACUAUUAUUUAUAUUUCUCUUACUUGAAAAACAAGUAUUUAUGUUAUCCAUUUUGAUUUGGAAACACUUGAUGCAUUUUUGAUAUGCUUUAUGAUCCUCUGAUUUUUGAAUUCAAGCAUUGUUCUGGAAACUUAUAAGUAUUUUAAGAAUCCUAUUUAUAUUUGAGUUCAAGCUUGUAAUUAAGAUCUGAUGAGACUACUAUGUCACUGAACUUCUGAUGGCAUAAUUUUUUAGGUCAUUGCUAUACAGUUCUCCCUCCUUGGUGAUGAUCAUCAUACUGAGUAUAAAGGAAAAAGGUUGUAAUGUAUAUCAUUUUUUGAAGUGGAUUUUUUUUUUGUUGGACACCAAUGGGUUUCAUGAUGAUAAUGGAAAAAGAUUUGUAAUGUAUAUAAUUUUUCUAGUGUGCAUGGACAUCAAUGUGAUAUAAUUUAGUUCGGUA